CUAUCGCAGCAUCCGCCGCAUCCUCCUUCCUUUGCAGGUACCCCACCAAAGACAUCAGUCUAACGCAACAACAUCCAUACUCUAGUAAUACAACCUAGCCGUAAAAGAAUUAAUUGCAAUAUACUUGAAUCAUGCCUACCAACGCUAUUCACCGAAACUGUAAGUGGUUGAGAAGUUGUGCCGAUGAACUGGGAGUUGCCGAAGAUUCAAAAGCUGAAGGAGGUUGGAUUCAACAGCAGUUUAGCUCUUAGUCUGAACUCAAUUGAAACCGACUGGAAGCAAGCUAGAGAUUCACAAAUACCAUGGAAUGAAGCAAGUCCUGACUCUGACCAACGAGCGACCGACGUCGUUGAACAAUCUUCCUGACCAACUAUUUUCCUUUGUUUUUCUUCAAUUUAGACCGCAAAACCUUCACGACUCCUCGUCGACCUUACGAAAAGGAAACCCUUGAUGCCGAGUUGAAAUUGGUUGGAGAGUACGGUCUCCGCUGUAAGCGUGAGAUCUGGCGUGUUCAGUACGCACUCGCCAAACUGAGAAAGUCUGCCCGUACCUUGUUGACCUUGGACCCUAAGGACCCCAAGCGUAUUUUCGAGGGACAGGCCCUUCUCCGUCGAAUGAGCCGUUACGGUUUGUUGGCCGACGAUGAGUUGGAACUCGAUGCCGUCCUUCAGUUGACGACACAGAAGUUGUUGGAACGCCGACUUCAGACCAAGGUCUACAAGCAAGGCCUUGCCAAGUCCAUCCACCACGCCCGUGUCUUGAUCCGACAGCGUCACAUCCGUGUCGGUUCUCAAUUGGUUACCGUUCCUUCUUUCAACGUUCGAACUUCCUCCGAAAAGCACAUUGAUUUCUCCGUCAACUCUCCUUACGGACAAGGACCUCCCGGACGUGUUGCCAAGAAGCGUGCUGCCUCCCGAGCGGCCGCCGGAGACGAUGAAGAGUAAACAUCCGCCAGCCUAUCAAUGAUAAGGUAUAAGUUGCUGUGUAGCUAUAGUUUAUCUCUCGUUUCUUUUUUUGACAAAGCUUGGCAUUUGAAAUCAACACAAGGCAGUCAAAUACGUUCGCACAAGCUGAUGAGGGUAGAUCAUUAAUCAAUCUAAAUCAACCCGAAGAGACAAGCGGCAUCCCCAUUCAUUAUUGCUAUCAACAUUAAAGUAUUUAGUGAAUACCAUUAUAGAUCUACUUUUGCAGAAGUAAAAAGUACGGUAGAGGGUGAAGUAGUGGUCACUAAGCUCACUUUGGGCCGGAGACAAUUUUUUCUGUGCAAACAUUCCGGAAACAGAUGUUCUUUCGGCGAUCGAGAUUCGCGAGUACUGUACCGUACGUUCCGAAAUGAAGAUUUGCUUCGGUGUCGACUCUUCUGUCAUUGGUUGCAAAUGAAAGUAAUCACAACCAUGGUACCAUGGAUCAAGCUCGUUUGUUGUGCUGCAGGUUCCACCCAAUCUUUCGGUCCCGUCUACAAUUUUGUGAUCACAGCACGCCAUUCGUUCGAGUUGCACUGUUCAUCAACGUACUGCACAGUAAGAUACACGCAUCGUUUGCAAUAUCUCUAGCCUCCAAUCCGUGGUGGCGACGAGAAUCGAAGCCAUGCUGCGUGCUAUAAAAGUAAGAGACAUCGACACAACUUGGCUAGGAAUUAACAGCAUACGCAGAC